GAGCUUCCAGGCUGUCCACACGUGCUUGUCACGGUGUAGCCGGUUAGCUGCUGUGCAGAACCAUGGCGGCUGAAAAAGGAGGCCGGGGGAGCGUCUUAUUCACCGGGUACCGCUCUCUGGGCAUGUACAGCAACCACAUAGCUCAUGUAGUGCGGUACCACAAGAAGCACAAGGAGUUUUACCUGGUCACCGCGGUGGGGAAGAGUUUCCUCACUUACAAUGUUAAUAGACUCGGCCAAGUUGCUGUCAGCAAUGCUCUUCCAGAAAACAUUAGUUGUCUUGCUGCGGACCGAAUGCUGGUGUUUGCGUCUCAUGGAAAUCUCCUUAAAGCAUUUGCUAGGAACAAAGAGGUUUUCCACACAUACAAAGGCCAUGAUGCAGAAAUUCAUCUGGUGCUGCCUUUUGGUGAUCAUGUAAUAUCUGUUGAUACCAGUAAUACUGUCAUCAUUUGGGAUGUCCAAUCACAAGAGGAAUAUUUACAGCUGAAUUUUGACAAGAGCAGUUUUGAUAUUUCUGCAAUCAUGCAUCCGAGCACAUACAUGAAUAAGGUCCUCCUGGGAAGUCAGCAGGGCUCUCUUCAGUUGUGGAAUGUGAAAUCCAACAAACUUUUGUUCAGCUUUCCUGGCUGGAAAAUGGGAGUCACUGUUCUGCAGCAGGCUCCUGCUGUGGAUGUUGUGGCUGUUGGCUUGACUAGUGGUAAAAUUGUUAUACACAACAUUAAGUUUGAUGAAACAUUAAUGACUUUUCAGCAAGACUGGGGUCCGAUCACUGCAAUAUCCUUUCGCACAGAUGGACAUCCAAUAAUGGCAGCUGGAAGCCCCAUUGGCCACAUUGGGCUUUGGGAUCUGGAAGAAAAGAAGCUGAUGAGCCAGAUGAGGGAGGCUCAUUCAACUGCUAUUGCUGGCUUAACAUAUGUUCAUGGAGAACCCCUUCUCAUAACCAAUGGUGCUGACAAUGCCAUACGGGUAUGGAUGUUUGAUGGCCCUGGAGGCCAAGGCCGUUUGCUUAGGUUCCGCCUUGGUCACAGUGCUCCACCCACUUUCAUUCGCCACCAUGGACAGGAUGGACAACAUAUCCUUAGUGCAGGACAAGAUGGAGCCAUGCAUUCAUUCUCCACAGUUCAUGACAGAUACAGUAAAAGCCUUGGUCAUGGAUCAGUAGAUAAAGCCAAAGCAAGGAAAGUUGGACUUCGCUGCAAAUCCCUAAGACUGCCUCCUGUCGUAUCAUUUGCAUCUGAAACUGCACGGCAGAGCGACUGGGAUGGGAUUAUUGCAUGUCACCAACAGAAGUUAUUCUGCACUACAUGGAACUUUGUUAGAUCUACUAUGGGGACCCACAAACUAAAGCCCCCAAAUCUAUUGAAAAAUAAAAACAAAGUUAUACACGCCACAGCUGUAGAAAUCACAAGCUGUGGUAACUUUGUAGUGAUUGGGCUGUCAGCUGGAAAUGUGGACCUAUAUAACAUCCAGUCUGGUAUUCACAGAGGAUGUUACGGGAAAGAAAGAGCUCAUGAUGGCGCCAUUAGGGGAGUAGUAGUUGAUGGUUUAAACCAGAUGACAAUCACAGCGGGAAGUGACAAACUCAUAAAAUUUUGGAAGUUUAAGUCCAAACAGUUGAUGCACACAGUAGAUAUCACAGUCUCUCCUACAUCCAUCAUGCUCCAUAGAGAGAGCGGUAUGUUGGCAGUCGCCCUGGAUGACUUCACCAUUAAGGUUUUUGAUAUUGAAACUUGCAAACUGGUGAGGCGGUUCCCAGGACACAAUGGAAAGAUAAAUGACAUGACGUACAGCCCUGAUGGCCGAUGGCUAAUGACUGCAUCUAUGGACUGUACUAUUAAAGUAUGGGAUUUCCCAUCUGGAUGCCUCAUAGACUGUUUUCUGUUGGAUUCACCUGCCAUGAGUCUCACAAUGUCCCCCACUGGAGACUACCUAUCAACUGCCCAUGUGGAUGACCUGGCUAUUUACCUGUGGUCAAACAAGUCUUUGUUCUCCUUGAUUUCCUUGCGCCCUCUUCCAUCAAACUAUGAGCCAAUUGCGGUGAUGCUUCCUGGUGCAGCCGAUGAGGUUGAGGAGGAUGUAAUUGAGGUUGAAGAUGCCAGUGAGGACAUGAUGGAAUAUGAAUCGCCUGAACAGCUCGGAGAACAGUUGGUGACCCUUUCGCUCUUACCUGAGUCAAGGUGGAAGAACCUCUUAAACCUGGAUGUCAUCAAGAGAAGAAACAAACCUAAAGAACCUCCAAAACUCCCAAAGUCUGCACCUUUCUUCAUUCCUACCCUACCUGGACUUGUCCCACGUUUUGGUUCUGAAGCACAGGAUGAAUCGCCUCAAUCCAAAAUCGUGAAUCUUGGAGUUCUCGAACAGAAAUCUGCUUUCUGUGUCCAGCUUGAAGAAUCACUUGAGCAUAACAACUAUGACGUUCCACUAAAAACUAUAAAAGAUUUGGGACCUUCCGCCAUUGAAACAGAGAUACGGAAUCUGGCUCCAGAAGGUGGUGGUUCUGUAGAGGUGAUGCAGAGUUUCUUAAAGAUGAUUGGGAGGAUGCUGGAAACUAAACUAGAUUUUGAGCUAGCCCAGGCAUACCUUGCUCUGUUCCUAAAGAUUCACCUGAGGUUUAUCUCCUCACAAGCAACAUUAUUAGAAGACAUUUCCACGUUGUCAGCAAGUCUGGAGGAAACCUGGCUUCACAUGCAGACUCUGUUUAACCAGAGCUUGUGUGUGCUAAACUACAUGAAAAGUGCUUUAUUGUAAAACCAUCAGAUUGCAUGAAAAAGGUUUAGAAAUGUUUAUCUUUUUUGCUAGUGCAAAGAUUUGUGGAACAAACUUUGUGUACAGGAGAAACAACUGCUCAUCUUAAGACAUUACUUUUUGUGCUGCUUGCAAAGACUCCUAAAUCUGUAUGCACUUAGCACACUGACCCAUUCAUUUCUAUGGAGUCAUGCAUACGUCAUUGUGUUUUGUGGAUCCCUGUGGCCGUUCUACAAAAUUAUAGAAGGGGCAUACAAGAAUAGCCCUUUCUAUUGAGCGGCGUGAGAAAAUGCAGAAUGCACACUGAAGGUAUCCAUAUUUUGCAGGCCAGAUUACGGACAUGGUCGAGUGCAAGCGCCGCUUGAGAAUUUCCAGCAUGUGGCCGAUGUGUGAGAAAAUAGACACUUGUGAUUGAAUGCAAAUAAGCCACAUUUGUCUACUUCUGGGAACAUUUACCGGUUAAGAGCCAUAUUCAGGAACUUUUACCCUAAGAAUGAAAUAUGGUCUGAAAAUACUGCUGUGUCAGCUUGUUAGAAGGGUGCUCUUCAAUUGGCAGAAAUGGAAUAGCAAUUUCCAAAGCAUUGUGAAUUGCUUUAAA